GAGAAAGAAGUCCAGCUAGUACUCCACUACCCUGCCCCCAAAAUCUGGUGGUGGAUCCCAAUAUCGUAUGUCGUGGUGCUGUUCAUGGUGAGCACGGAUAUAGCAUUUUCCUCAGCAAAAAAGUCCACACGUCGCCCACUCCUUGUCUUUCACCGUCCCGCGCGUGACUUUUUUGUUUUUCUGCGUUUCCCUUCUUUUUUCUCGGGGCAUUUUCCGUCCUUUCCUCUUCUUUUGUCCUGCGUACCUGUAUCCACGAUGGCGGAGGAAAUCAAGAAUCUGCGCGAUGAAUACGUUUACAAGGCGAAGCUUGCGGAGCAAGCGGAGCGCUAUGACGAGAUGGCCGAGGCCAUGAAGAACUUGGUGGAGAACUGCCUCGAUGAGCAGCAGCCCAAGGACGAGCUGUCUGUCGAGGAACGUAACCUCCUUUCCGUUGCUUACAAGAAUGCGGUCGGCGCUCGCAGAGCCAGCUGGCGCAUCAUCUCCUCUGUUGAGCAGAAGGAGCUCAGCAAACAGCACAUGCAGAACAAGGCCCUUGCUGCGGAGUACCGGCAAAAGGUUGAGGAGGAGUUGAACAAGAUUUGCCACGACAUUCUUCAGCUUCUCACCGACAAGCUGAUUCCAAAGACAUCGGACAGCGAGAGUAAGGUGUUCUACUACAAGAUGAAGGGAGACUACUACCGCUACAUCUCGGAGUUCAGUGGCGAGGAGGGAAAGAAGCAGGCGGCUGACCAGGCACAGGAGUCGUACCAGAAGGCGACGGAAACCGCGGAGGCUGAACUCCCCUCAACUCACCCUAUUCGUCUCGGCCUUGCCUUGAACUACUCUGUCUUCUUCUACGAGAUCCUCAACUUGCCGCAGCAGGCCUGCGAGAUGGCAAAGAGAGCCUUUGAUGAUGCGAUCACUGAGUUUGACAAUGUCAGCGAGGACUCGUACAAGGACAGCACUCUCAUCAUGCAGCUUCUGCGUGACAAUUUGACUCUGUGGACCUCGGAUCUGCAAGCGGACCAGCAACAGCAAGAAGGUGGCGAGAAGCCCGCAGAACAAGCUGAUCAGUAACUUUGUGGAAAAGGAAAGAGUAAAAGUCAACGGGGAAACUGGCCUUUUGGAUGGUGGGGGCAGCUACGCAUUCCGGUCGUGCAGAGUCACACUCUUCCAUGAGAAAGUCCAUAUAAGUUGUCUAUAUAUGUGUCUCGUGCUUGAGUGUGUUCUUUGUAUGAUCAAAACUCGUUAAAAUGCGCACGUUACCGCAUGGGUAGUAGUUCGAGACGGCUUGUGUGUACCUGAGGGGCCACGUGUUGCCAAAAGUGCCUAGUCUUACACGGCCGACAAGAGGGUUCCUCGGUUCUUCUCUGCGUUCUUCCUUCUCCCAUCCGAUUCUUCAAGUUCUGAACAAAUCUGUCGUGUCUGCACUGAUGUGCGUGCGUUUUGAGCGAAAUGAUUGAUAUAGGGGGGUUGCCGCGGGCAGUGUCUCCCGUGUAAUCUAAAUUGAAAAUGGGAGAUAAUAUUUUGGAGGCUCGUUCCUGCCGCUGUUUUUCUCCGAAUUGAGAGAAAGCGGAACUCCCGCAAGCGAGUUCUCGUGUAUAAGUGUUUACGCCGCACGCUCGGACAGUACCCGGCAGGGUAUAGAAAAGGGAUCAUAAAUGAGGAAAGGAAAAUAAACGUAGAUGUCUGGCUUCGUUCGGGUAUGAACCACGGAACAGGAAAGCAGAUUUUGAGAUACAGCAGCACUGACCAUCCUUGAGUCCAGACACUAUGAGGCAUGGUAGCUCGAUCAGUGUCUGGUUCGGUAGAGCGUUCGAGUACCCGUCUCUACUGGCUCGCUUACACACAAGGCUACGGAGGCAUUCCUGAAAAUAGAUAUAUGUGUCUAUAUCGAAUGUUCUUUUUUCACUCCAUGCGGUGACAAAAACCCUCUUUACUACACAGCUGGGGCUGUGCUUUCAAAUAAGCCGUUGAGAGAACUA